UUGAAAAGCACCUGCCACUGCUUACAUGUGAAACAAUCCGUCUGUGCAGUUUAGAUAAAAUGAAAAGUCCCUUUGCUCUCCUCUUCAUCAUUUUUCACACAGGCCUUUUUGUCCAUGUAUUGGGACUGUCUGUUCGGCAAACACCUGAGAAAAUUCACACAACUGAAGGGGAAAAUGUGACCAUUAACUGUUACAUUGAAACAGAUUCAAGAUCGGAGCGAAUUUUAGUCGUGUUGUCAAAAAAUAAUCUCACUGUCACUGGUAAAAAUUUUACUCAUUCUACUCAUCGAUUAUCAACUGGAACUGAAAUUAUCAACGCAACACUUCACUUGCCUUCAAUACGUCCAAUUCAUUCUGGCAUUUACUACUGCAAAGUAUCGAUAGAUAUACCCACACUUGAAACGGUAUACGGGAAGGGAACACAUUUAUAUAUUGUGAAUAGUUCACAAAUUGGGACAACACCAAGUCAACAUUUGACCUGUUCAAGUCCAGUGAAUUCCUCUAAGGACACGGUGAUGAAAUGGUCACUUUCAGGAUUGGGAAUUAUCUUGCUGAUUGUCUGCAUUGCCUUUGUCAUUCACAUAUAUUACAAAGGACACUGCAGAAGAGACCGUAAAGAAAAAAUAAAUGAUGCUACAAUUGGAUCACAGCAUUCAGUCAGGUCUGACAUUGUUGUUUAUGCUGCAGUAAAUGUUUCAGAAAACCGAGACGGCAUAAAAUCAAGAAAUGAGAACUGUGCAGCUCUGGUACCCGUGACAGCGACCUGUACUGAAGAGUCAGUGACAUACUCCGAGGUCCGCAUAAAGAGUAAAAGAAACGAGGAAGGGUGAUUUUUCUAAGCAUCAUUGGACUGAAUUUUGUUCACUAUAAUCUCUUUAAGAUAGAAACUAUUUGUUAUAAAGCUUGUAAUGAUUAUAUGAAGGUACAGUUGUUUUCCUUCAUUUGUUUUUAAUGAAUUGUGUUCAUGAUGCAGCACAAUUGAGUUCUUCUUUUCUCAUCAGCGUAGGACUGUAGAUUCACCCACUCAGUCAAGAAAUGACAGAUAAGAAGAGUUAAAUAAACACUCAGCUAAUAAUAAUAACCCUAUGCAGCAAAGUUUAAUUCUUAGCACCACAGCAAGUGUUUUCUUCGUUUUUAAUGUUUAUUUUUACAUCAGCUCUCUGUUGCACUGAUAACAAACUGGUUUAGAGUUGAUGUAAAUAGCAAUACAGUAAAACAGCUAUAGUUAAACUAGCACAGUCCACACCUGCCCAAUAUGUCUGAAUAAAAUGUGUUUUUAAAAACGGUGUUAACUGUUAUUUUUAACAAUGUAUCAUUUAAAGUUACGUUAAUUUUUCAUAUUGAUAGUAAUGCAAAAACAUUAUACAAGAAGCUGAGAAAAAAUCAAGUAUUGUUUGACUAAACAGAUAUCGUAAAAGAUUAAUAACACCAUUCAGUGAUCAUAAAGCCCCGAGCAUUUGACAUACCUCAAAAAGCUCACCCUGGCAGAAUUUUAGUUUCAUUCUAUUUUAAUUUACAUGUGUGAACUGGUGUACAGAUUUAGGUGUGUGGGUGAUUUUGUUGCUCUCAUGAGAGCGAAUCAAUGACACACUGUGGGCGAAGUCUUUUAUGCUGUAAAGCCAAAUGUGAAU